AUGGACACUGACAGCUCGAAGACAUCUGAGGACGGUUUGGCGAUCUCCAAUCAAACGCUGCCAGGCUCGGACGUUUCGGAAAGGCUCGACACGAUUAUCGCAAAGUUAAAUCGCCUGGAUGCAAACCACAUGAAGCAACACUGCAAGAUGCAAGACUUGAUAACCCAGAUCGAAGCUUUGAAAUUAGGAGAGAGUGGAAUCCAGGGACCUAUAGAGUAUUGGAAAGAUCAGUACAACAAAGCACAGGAGCAGAUAACGAAACUCGAGGAUCGAUACAAUGAAAUGAUCAAAAGACACUUCCUCAUGAGUGUUGACCUCGGCAAUAAAGAGGGCAUUAUUCAAGGCUUGAAAAAAGACAUCAUUGACAGAAGUCAGGUUGCCCACCCUCGCGAGCAUCAUUCUCAGGAACUAUACCAAGUUGUCGUCGGCAAGGAAGGCCGUGUCAUUGAUGAGCAAGAGUGGUUGGAACUAUCCAGUGGACUCACCGCCGACCACUACAUCGCCCAGUUCCGAGAUGUCUGCGCAUAUACCACAAUCCAGGAAGAGCCUGGUAUCUCUUGUCCCCUAGGAGAGGGAAAGCCUGCCCUCGUCGACUCAGUCGAAGAUUCUAUUUUGACUAUUCAGGAUUGCCUCAGACAGAUCUCGAAUAUGGCGCAUCAGGCAUUCUGCGCUACUGCCGAUCAUACGUGCGUGCCUGCCAGCUACGUACGGGCGUGGAAGGAUGUCUAUCAUAAAGAGGCGCAGAAGCUUCGGGAGGAGAUUGGAAAGAACAAAAAGCUUCAGGCUCUUUAUGAGCAGGCCCUUGCAGAGACUGAUCACCGCAAGCGCGACUCGGCAUUCUUUUACUGCCGCAUGCAAGAGCUGGAGGAGCAGGUGAGCGAAUAUGCAAUCCGGAUCGAAGAGCUGGAGGCGGGAGAGCAGCAGGUGAAGACGACACAAGAUCGACAGCUUUCGGACAUGACGGAAUUAUCUGGUGACCAAAUUCGCGAAGAGGGUGAGAUCGUCGACAUAAGAUCUCAGAAUGGGUCGGUGCUUUCCAAUAAUAACCUUCCAGUGAGCGAUGUUGGGAAAUGCGAUACACGCAAGCGCAAGGCGUCGAACGGCGGAGAGGAAGAUGAAAAUGCGAAGGAAACAGGAAGUAUGGAGAAAAUACCUCGCAAGAAGAGGCGCACCAACCCAGGCAGAACUGGCAAUGAGUAA